CCCUCAGCGCCGCGUGGCGUAAUAUAACGCCAUGGGCCGCUCUGGCUCUCUGGAGGACUUGCUCUCUGUGGCCGGCGGCGCCCUGGCUACGUUGGCUUAUAGUAUUUCGGUCAGUGAGGCUCCUUGUUAUGCGCGGCAUGAUGUCGAGAGGAUGUCCAACCAUACAGCUGCAGCAGAAGUACUAUUGGAAAGAAAAGGUUGUGCAGGAGUGAUAACACUAAACAGACCAAGGUUCCUAAAUGCAUUGAGUUUUAAUAUGAUUCAGGACAUUUAUCCACAGCUAAAGAAGUGGGAGCAAGAUCCUGAAAUUUUCCUGAUCAUUAUAAAGGGAGCUGGUGAAAAGGCUUUCUGUGCUGGGGGUGAUAUCAGAGCUGUCGUAGAAGCUGUAAAGUCAGCCCCGAAGGAGGCUCAAGAUUUCUUCAGAAGAGAAUAUAUACUAAACAAUGCCAUUGGUUCUUUCCAGAAACCAUAUGUUGCACUUAUUCAUGGAAUUACAAUGGGUGCGGGAGCUGGUCUCUCAGUUCACGGACAAUUCCGAGUAGCUACAGAAAAGACUGUUUUUGCAAUGCCAGAAACUGCAAUAGGACUAUUCCCUGAUGUGGGUGGAGGUUAUUUCUUGCCAAGACUUCAAGGAAAACUUGGUUACUUUCUUGGAUUAACAGGAUUCAGGCUGAAAGGAAGAGAUGUACACAGGGAGGGGACAAGUACUCAAUGGAUUGAAAGGGAGAAGUUGGUCAUGUUAGAAGAAGAUUUGUUAGCUCUGAAAUCUCCUUCAAAAGAAAAUAUUGCAGAUAUCUUAGAAACUUACCAUACAAAGUCCAGGAUUGAUCAGGACAAGUCUUAUAUAUUUGAACACAUGGACAAAAUAAACAGUUGGUUCUCAGCCAAUACUGUGGAACAGAUCAUUGAAAAUUUACAACAAGAUGGUUCACCUUUUGCCUUGGAGCAGUUGAAGGUAAUCAAUAAAAUGUCUCCAACAUCCCUGAAGAUCACAUUAAGGCAACUCAUGGAGGGAUCUUCAAAGACUUUGCAAGAAGUGUUAACUAUGGAAUAUUGUCUGGUUCAAGCUCUCAUGGUACACCAUGACUUUCACGAAGGCGUCAGGGCACUUUUAAUAGAUAAAGACCGGAGUCCAAAGUGGAAACCAGCUAAUCUAAAAGAAGUGACUGAUGAAGAUUUGAAUAAUUACUUUAAAUUUCUGGGAAGCAAUGAUUUGAAAUUUUGAAGUGAAUUUUGAAAGUAUUAUUUUAGAGCAGGGGUUGACAAACUAUGGCACAUAGCCAGAAUCUGUCCAGCUGUCUGUUGUUCAUAUAUUCCACAAACCGAGAAUGGUUUCUGCAUUUUCAAAUGGUUGGGGAAAGAAAUUAAAGACAUAUUUCAUGAUGUGAAAAUUACAUGAAAUUCAAAUAUGAAUGUCCAUAAAAAAAGCUUUUAAAACAUAGCUGUACUCAUCUGUUCACAUAUUAUUUAUAGCUGCCAUGAGUAGUUGCAACAGAGAUUGUAAGGCCUGCAAGACCUAAAAUAUUUACUAUCUGGUUCUUUUCAGAAAAGUUUGCCAACCCAUUUUAAAAGAUGGGAAAUUUGAAGGCCUUUAGAGAUUCUCAAGUUAGUAAUCUAAUUAAAAUGGGAACUUUAGCUUUUGGUUUUGAGUAGUAGUUUAUAUGUUGAUUAAAUAAAUAUAUAUAUAUUAUAAAAAAUUAAAACCCUGAAAUUUUUUUGGAUACUG